AUGCCUACCCACCUUUGGGGGCCCUUGCCACAGCACCGCCAGCCGCGGGGGAUUAAGAAGGCCGCUGGGCAGCUGCCCGCUGCUGAAAAGUGCAGCCCGCUGUUCACUUCCCGCGCGGCACCUGAAGGCCGUGAAUCCACCUUAAAAGUUGCAGGGGGCUCCAGACACGUGGUCCUGGCAUUGCCUCGGGCCCAGGCUCCCACACCUCAACAUGGCCCGGGGAGGAGUGACAGGGUAACCCCAGUAGUGGCAGGGUACCCCCUGGAAGAGACAGGGUACCCCCCUUUAGCGGCAGAGUACCCCCUGGAUGAGACACAGUACCCCUUUAGUGGCAGGUACCCCCUGGAUGAGACAGGGUACCCCCUAUAG